CUCUCCGAGUUGACCACUAUACUGAAAACGAAUGGAAUUUGUGACUGAUCCUUUGUUCUCUGUGUCUGGGGCUUAGGUUUAGAAGCAUCAAAACAAUAACAUGACGAUGGGGAACCUUGUUGAGGAGGAGGACCACCAUCAAAACAAUAACAUCGACCAGUUUGGUCCUUUCUCGACGCAUUUCCAGAAGGACACAGUGCUUAAAAAUCAAAAUAAUAACAUGGCCAUUGGGAACAUUGAGAACAGAAGUGCUGAGCUGCAGGACAAGUUAAAGCCAUUGGAUGAGGAUAUGAAGAUUGGGAAUUUCGGCCCUUCGUUGGAAGAAGAUGGCAUUAUUCUUCCAGUCACCUCUUUCUCUACUUUCUUUAAGAAAAAUGAAGAAAUAUAUCUGCAAAACGCUUGGCCUACGGUGAAAUCUGCUUUAGAAGACUAUGGUAUUUCGUGCGCACUGAAUUUGGUUGAGGGUUCCAUGACAGUUUCAACAACAACAAAGACUAGGGACCCAGAUAUUAUUGAAAAGGCCAAGGAGCUUACUGAACUUUUGUCAUUAUCUGUUCCCGCAGAUGAGGCAAUAAGAAUACUGGAUGCCAAAAUGAAAUGUGAUUUCAUUGAGAUUGGAACAAAGAGAGGUGGGCUAUGCGUAAAAUAUGGGAUCGACAUGGAGCAAUUUCGUGAACGGUGGGAACGUUUCCUAGGCCCCAAGAACACCGGCUUGAAGACAAUUCAGCAUCUGACAGGCUGCAGUGUUUUCUUUCAUGGAAAUUUCACUGUUGCUGUAAUUGGUAAAUUUGAAGGAUUAAAGAUGGUCAGGAGGAUUGUGGUAGACUGCAUUCGAAAUAAAAUGCGUCCUAGUGUCCAUAUCAGAAGGCUUCGGAUGAAUCAAAAUGAGCACAAACUUACGAAGAAGCUAUUUGAUCAAGGUGGAUAUAGAUCUAUCAUGGAGGCAUCAGUAUUCAUGAAAACCUCAUUUGAUUUUCAUGAACAUAUAUCUACAAAGUUUGUGGAAGCACUGCAUCAGAUACAAGAUUCAGAUGUAGAGGCGAUUGCAGAUAAGUUCAGACUGUCAACUUGUGGGAUAAUUCUAAGACAAUUAAUGCCUUGUUAUCUGGGAGAUGAAGCUGCGAUGUGUUGCUUGCUAAAAAUCCAAAGUCGGGGAUCACAGCAAGGGUCAAAUUCAAUGGAACAUGGGAGGAACUCUCAGUUUUCACUGAGAUUGAGAAUGGUGACAGACCUCACCAAAAUGGAUUCUCUAGAGGUGCAUGUUGAUGCAGCAGAAACCCUUUGUGCUAUAACAAGGCUUGCUCCACCUGGACUUGCUACUAAAAUCUGUAAUCCGAGUUUUAUACAAAGAUUGCUUCAGCAUGCUAUGGAAGACUCUCAACGAAAAUCUGUUCUCACUAGCUCAUUAUCGGUUUGCAUCUCUUUGUUAGACCGUGAGAGGGAAGCUUUGAGAACAAAUGCAUGUACUGGUGAACACCAGCCUGCUCAUGGAUCUACAAUUACUGUUAAUAACAAGAUUGUUGUGGCCAUGCUCGACAGCCUAGGUGAUUUGCUGAAACUUUUAGAUGUUUCAUCGGCGGACAAUAUGUUGUUAACUACAUAUGGCAAGUUACAGCCACCACUUGGAAAACAUCGUUUGAAGAUUGUAGAGUUCAUUUCAGUAUUACUGUCAGUUCGUAGUCAAGCUGCUGAGAAGGAAUUGAUUCGUAUUGCAGCAAUACAAAAAGUCUUAGACUUGUUUUUUAAGUACCCAUAUAACAAUUUUUUGCAUCACCACAUAGAGAACAUAAUCGUAUCAUGUUUGGAAAGCAAAAAUGGGCCUCUUGUACAACAUCUUCUUUGUGAAUGUGAUCUUGUUGGAAAAAUACUUGAAGCAGAAAAGAAUUUCACACUGGCCGCUGAUUCAUUUAUGCCAACAAUUCCUGCUAAGGGUAGAUCCCCACCCAGGAACGGCAAUAUUGGACAUUUGACAUGUAUAUCCAACAAAAUCAUUCAACUGGGAAACAACAAUAGGGAGAUUCAGGCAUAUCUGCAGGAAAACAGUGUCUGGACUGAAUGGCAUACAGAAGUCCUAUUAAAGCGUAAUGCAGUGGAGAAUGUCUCCCAGUGGGCGUGCGGGCGGCCUAUAUCAUCUCUGGAUCGUGGACGCUCAAGCUAGUAAUUUACUACUAGAACAUCUGGACUGAAAGACCAGAAGAGGUGAUUUGUGGACGCUUUUUCAUGUCCCAUCUGAGUUUAUGUAUUUAUUAAUUUAUUGAUAUAGCGAAAUUGGAUACAUGAAUGCUGCCGCGUAGACUUUUAGUUAAUGUUCUGAUAUUCAGAAUGGAACGUGAGGAAAUUGCAUAUAUGUAAAUAUAUAAUUGAUGAUGAAAAUAAAAUUUCAAACAAAAGUUGUCAAAAUAUUAGACUCAGUGUUUUUUUUUUUAUAAAAGAUUAGACUCAGUGUUUUGAGCAAGUUAAAGUGAUUAGAGAUGUUUGUGUUUGAGUUGUUAAGAACAAGUCGACAUGUACAGAUGUACUACUCUUAUACGAAUAUAUAUAUAUAUUUUUUUUUUCCUUCA